UCCAGUGUUUUUUCGCAGUAAGUUUGGGAUAUUGUACAUAAAAACUUUUAAAUUUAAAGAAAUAAAGCCUUAAAAAAAUAUUUUUCUUAAACAAAACCUAGGUUUUUGUUUAAAAAUAAAAUUGAAAAAAUCAAUAUAUUGAACAACAAUUUGUUAAUCGACAACUAUAUUGCCCAAAAUGGAUAUGAGCCUCGAUGAAAUUAUCAAACAAAAAAAAAUAAAUUCAACUAACACUAACAGCGGGUUUAAGAGCUUUUUGACCAGAAAAAAAACUUUAGUAAGAAAGACAAGGGUUAUUGAUGCUCGUAACAAAAUUAUUCAGAAAAAGCGUGCUAAAAUUAGAGAUGCUCGUGAAAGAUUGGGAACAAAAGAUGCUAGGUUAAGAAUCAAGCAGCGUUCAAUAGAUAAUUCGAAAGUUGGAAUAAAAGUAAACAAUAUGCUAAGAAGAAAUGAUAAUCCAAGAAGUAUCCGAAAAAAUAUACCUGUUGGGAAUUUAUAUGGAGCUCCAAGAGGAUAUAUUGAUUACGAUAAUAUGGAAAUGCUAGAAGAAGAGUAUGAUCCUUCAAACAUAAGUCUUCGCAGAACUGUUUAUAAUGACAUUGUGUCAAAUUUUAACAUGUAUGGUGAGAAACCUUUAAUGAAACCAUGGGGCAAUGAUUUGUUUGAAGCAUAUGAUAUUCCAUCUCGCUCUAUGGAGGGUCCUGAAAAUAUGAGUAUUCGUCGUAAAAUAAGAAAUAUGUCACCAGAAAUUAUACCUCAUAAAAGUAUAUUAAGGGGUAAUAGCCCAACUUAUCAUACAAGAUUUAACCCCGAAAAAUCUCAUCUAUCAUAUGAAAUGAGAUCAAGACUGGAACGAGCUCCGGAUCCACACGUAUCAAUGGGCAUUUUUGCUAAUCCAUCUAAGUCUCAAGUGUCAAUAUUGCCAUCAAGUUAUAGGAUUGUAGUUAGCAAUUUACAUUCUAGUGUAAGUCAAAGCGAUAUUCAAGAGCUUUUUGAAGAUAUUGGCGAACUGCACGAAGCACGGUUAGUUAAACCUGGGGUAGCUGAAGUCAUUUUCAAAAAUUUAAAAGAUGCUGAAAAAGCAGUUGACACCUAUCACAAUAGACAAUUGGAUGGUCAGCCAAUGAAGUGUUUGUUAGUUAAUCCACGAGCAUCUAAUAAACCAACAGCACCUGCAUUAAAAGUUUCGGCUUCAUCUCAAUUGUCGGGCAAAACACCUUUAGAGAUUGAUAUUGACGCUUUACAUAAAGUAUUGUUUCGCAGAAAGUAACUGAAUUUAAAACCACGAAUCAGAUUACAAAACUUUAAUUAUAAAUAAAGCAAAGUUUGUUGUGUGUCUGGAGUUGGUUAAUAAAAAUCUGGCAAUUUAACAUAUAAAAAAAAUUUUCUUAUUAAAUUAUACAAGGUAGAUAAUAGUAAGCAGGUAUAUU